AUGGAAGUCAUCGAUGACUAUGGGGCUGAUGCACUGCGGUUAUACCUCAUCAACUCUCCUGUUGUGCGUGCUGAGCCAUUACGUUUCAAAAAAGAAGGUGUUUUUGGUGUUGUCAAGGAUGUAUUUCUUCCUUGGUACAACGCAUAUAGGUUCCUUGUUCAGAACGCUAAGAGACUUGAAGUUGAGGGCUUUGCCCCUUUCCGCCCUAUAAAUCAUGCCACUGUAGAAAAGUCAUCAAAUGUCCUUGACCAGUGGAUCAACUCAGCCACACAGAGUCUUGUAUAUUUUGUCCAGCAAGAGAUGAAUGGUUAUCGACUUUACACGGUGGUUCCAUAUCUUUUGAAGUUUCUUGACAACUUGACAAAUAUAUACGUGCGUUUUAAUCGCAAGAGGCUAAAGGGUCGUACUGGUGAAGAAGAUUGUAGGAUGGCACUCUCAACUCUCUUCAAUGUCCUUUUAGUGUCAUGUAAAGUGAUGGCACCAUUAACCCCAUUCUUCACUGAGGUCCUUUAUCAAAAUAUGCGGAAAGUUUUGAAUGAGUCAGAGGAAAGCAUUCAUUUUUGCAGUUUUCCUCAAGCAGAGGGAAAGAGAGAUGAACGUAUCGAGCAAAGUGUUACAAGAAUGAUGACAAUAAUUGAUCUUGCGCGUAAUAUUCGUGAGCGUCACAACAAGCCUCUCAAACACCCCUCAGUUCAUCCUGAUGCAGACUUUCUUGAUGAUAUUGCUGGAAAGCUAAGAGAGUAUGUUUUGGAGGAACUUAAUGUACGGUCGCUUGUCCCAUGUAAUGAUACACUGAAAUAUGCUUCGUUACGUGCAGAGCCUGAUUUUAGCGUAUUAGGUAAGCGGCUAGGAAAAUCUAUGGGAGUUGUUGCCAAAGAAGUCAAGGCUAUGUCCCAGGAAAGCAUUUUAGGAUUUGAGAAAGCUGGAGAAGUUACUCUUUCUGGUCAUUGUUUAAAACUGGCUGAUAUUAAGGUUGUUAGGGAUUUCAAACGUCCUAAUGGAACGACAGAAAAGGAGAUUGAUGCAAACGGAGAUGGUGAUGUUUUGGUGAUUUUGGAUUUACGUCCAGAUGAGUCGUUGUUUGAGGCCGGUAUUGCUCGUGAGAUUGUUAACAGAAUUCAGAAGUUACGGAAGAAAGCUGCCCUUGAACCUACUGACAUGGUGGAAGCGUACUUUGAUUCUUUGGAUCAAGACAAAUCUGUCUCACAACGGGUUUUGCACUCACAGGAACAAUACAUUAGGGAUGCCAUUGGUUUGCCACUGCUUCCUUCUAGUGUGAUGCCAUCAGAUGCUCUCGUUGUUGCGGAGGAGAGUUUCCAUGGGAUUUCUGGCAUGUCAUUUGUUAUCAGUUUGGCCCGACCUGCCCUAGUGUUCAACUCAGAUGCAAUUCUCCCUCUGUAUUCGGGAAAUGCUGAAUCCGUACGGUGUCUGCAAACAUACUUGUUAUCAAGGGAUCAUGCAACUUUGAAGUCUGAGUUUCAGGCUGGACAUGGAAAGAUAACCGUUGAUUGCAUUGAAAACAUUCCUCCAGUGGAUUUGGUGUUGGGGGAACACGUAUUCUUGUGUGUUGGAGAUUUUAGAACAAAAUCUCAGUAG